GGCCCAAGAGGGCCGGCAGACUCCUCUCUCUCUCCGCAUAUUCUCAUUUGUUGGCAGGAAAUGUUUUGACUUGCUUGCCUGGAAGAAUGUGGGGCUUCCAGAUCUAACCUUCGUCCGGGGCGUGUGAGAAGGCCCCGCCUCGGGCCUGGGCUGGGCUGGGGAGAGCUGCUCCCUCAGGGGUCCCACCAGGAGAGGUGUUGUGUUAAUGCACAAAAAUGGCCAACACCACACAGAUAUCCAAAGACGAGCUAGAAGAACUCAGGGAGGCCUUUUCCAAAGUUGACCUCAACAGCAACGGUUUCAUCUGUGAUUAUGAGCUGCACGAACUCUUCAAGGAAGCCAACCUCCCCCUCCCGGGAUACAAAGUCCGAGAGAUCAUUCAGAAGCUCAUGAUUGAUGGAGACAAGAACAAAGAUGGAAAGAUCAGCUUUGAAGAGUUUGUUUACAUCUUCCAAGAGGUGAAGAGCAGCGACGUGGCCAAGACCUUCCGCAAAGCCAUCAAUCGGAAGGAAGGCAUCUGUGCCAUCGGGGGCACUUCGGAGCUGUCCAGCGAAGGCACCCAACACUCCUACUCAGAGGAGGAGAAAUACGCCUUUGUGAACUGGAUCAACAAAGCUUUGGAAAACGACCUGGAUUGCAGGCAUGUCAUUCCCAUGAACCCAAACACGGAUGACCUCUUCAAAGCCGUUGGGGACGGGAUCGUCUUGUGUAAAAUGAUCAACCUCUCCGUUCCUGACACCAUUGAUGAACGGGCCAUCAACAAGAAGAAACUUACCCCAUUCAUAAUUCAGGAAAACCUGAAUUUGGCUCUGAAUUCUGCUUCUGCCAUUGGGUGCCACGUGGUCAACAUCGGAGCGGAGGAUUUAAGGGAAGGAAAACCCCACCUGGUCCUCGGCCUUCUCUGGCAGAUUAUCAAGAUUGGCUUGUUUGCUGAUAUUGAACUCAGCAAAAAUGAAGCAUUGGCUGCCUUGCUGUGUGAUGGAGAGUCUUUGGAGGACCUCAUGAAGUUGUCCCCAGAAGAACUUCUCCUGCGAUGGGCCAACUACCACCUGGAGAGCGCUGGGUGGCACAAGAUCAACAAUUUCAGCUCCGAGAUAAAGGACUCCAGGGCCUACUUCCAUCUCCUCAACCAAAUUUCACCCAAAGGACAGAAGGAAGGAGAACCACAAAUCAACAUCAACAUGUCAGGCUUCAAUGAGAAAGAUGACCUCAAGAGGGCCGAGUCCAUGCUCCAGCAAGCUGAUAGACUGGGCUGUCGGCAGUUUGUUACCCCGGCAGAUGUGGUGAGCGGCAACCCCAAGCUGAACUUGGCCUUUGUGGCCAACUUGUUCAACAAGUACCCAGCCCUCACCAAACCUGAAAACCAAGACAUUGAUUGGACAUUGCUGGAAGGUGAAACCCGUGAAGAACGGACGUUCCGCAACUGGAUGAAUUCUCUUGGCGUAAACCCUCAUGUCAAUCAUCUCUACGGGGACCUGCAAGACGCCCUGGUGAUUUUACAGCUCUACGAGAAGAUCAAAGUUCCUGUAGACUGGAGCAAAGUCAACAGACCCCCGUACCCGAAACUUGGGGCCAACAUGAAGAAGCUGGAAAACUGCAAUUAUGCCGUCGAUCUAGGAAAGCACCCAGCCAAGUUUUCGUUGGUUGGCAUUGGCGGGCAGGAUCUCAACGAUGGGAACCCGACCCUCACCCUGGCUUUAAUGUGGCAGUUGAUGCGAAGAUACACUCUGAAUGUUCUGCAGGACCUCGGAGACGGUCAGAAAAUCAAUGAUGACAUCAUUGUAAAUUGGGUGAACACGACCUUGAAAGAAGCUGGGAAAUCCAGUUCUAUUCAGAGUUUUAAGGACAAAAGUAUCAGCAGCAGCCUGGCCGUGGUGGAUUUAAUCGACGCUAUUCAACCCGGCUGCAUAAAUUACGACCUUGUGAAGACAGGCGAUCUCUCCGAGGAAGACAAACACAGCAAUGCCACGUACGCCGUCUCCAUGGCCAGGAGGAUCGGUGCCCGCGUCUAUGCCCUGCCAGAUGACGUGGUCGAGGUGAAGCCCAAGAUGGUGAUGACCGUGUUUGCCUGCCUGAUGGGCCGAGGGCUGAAGCGCGUUUAAAGAGCAAAGACCCCCAGCCUGCCCCCUCCCCACCCCAGCGCAGAUGCCUGACUGAAGGGCUCCGCUCCGCUUCCAGAACGGGGACUCUCUUUGGCUCAAGGACUCGGAGAGGCCUCGGAGAGGGGAGGGGAACCCACCCAGCCACCUCCCUCCCUCCCUCCCUCCCUCCCUCCCUCCCUCCCUUCCCCAGAAAUUUCAAGGUUGCAUCUCCUCAAGUGCCCAAGGGAACAGUCCGCACUCAUGCCGGUGGCCGGCACACCGACCAAAGCUUUCUUUCCUCGUCCGGAGGGGCCGUUUUCGGGAGGGGUGCCAGUCAUGGGGUUGGCCCUAAGGCCCCAUCUGACUCUCCCGUCCUGAAAGGAAGAAGGAAAGAAAAGGAAGUUUCCUUUUAAAAAAAGAAAAUAGAAGUUUCUAGUGGUUCAAAGAUUUGAGAUGGGCUUGAGUUUGUUCUUUUUUCUUUUUUUAAUUUAACCUGCCGUUUGGUCAUGGGUGCAAAUGCAGUAACCCUUUUUUUAAGCCACACCUUUAAAGGAAACGGAAACAAAAACCACUUAGUAGAAACCAUGCCAAGUUAGACAAGAAGGCAUAAAGGCUCUUAUUUUGCAGAAUUUAUCCUGCCGCGGAAGUGAAUUUGGCACACUCCGUUCUUCACGAUUUGGUCACCGAGAGGGACACCCAACAGCCUCUCACUUGCAAUCCGCCUCCCGAAGGACUAGAAACCUGGUUUGGUUCUGAUGGUUCAGUGUGAGUUUCCCAUUUGGGGAAGCGGAAUUUGGUGCCCAGCUGCUCCUCGUGGUGCUCUGGCACCUGGGCCGGGUUCAAGUGGGCGAAGCUCGAGGGCUGCCAAGCUCCGUCUUCCUCCAGCCUUCUGAUGGUGCUGCUUUCAUUUGCCUUCACAGCACAACUGUGUUGUCACUUCCCUUUCCCAGCGAAAGCACAACAGGUUUUCCUUUGUGCCAGUUUUUUAUUUCCACGUUACUCAUUUUUAUGCGAGGUUCCAUCUCCAAAGGUUACCGCCUUGCCUCAACUUCAUUGAACCCAGAGAAUCGAAUUGAUGCAAUUUUUACGUGUUGCCUUGGUUUUCUUUUGUAUUUUGCCUAGACAUAUUUUUUUUAAGUUUUGUUUUUUCCAAAAACUGCAUGGAAACCAUUUUUUUUUUUUUAAAAAAAAAUAUUUUAGUUGACGUGAGCUGUUUGCUACAAACUGUGUGAAAAGGGUGCCACAGGUGAGACCAGGCCCGUUCUGCAAAAGGCAGGGACUAGUAACUUGAAGAGCAGAAUGUGCCGAGAUUAAAGAAAGUAUUUUUUAUAAAUAAAAGGAAAAUGUUAUCACCAAAGAAAAGGCUUUUAUCUAUAGGAGCAAGUAUAUUCUGGCUUUAGCAAGCUGUUAGCUACCCCUGAGAUCAUCUUGUUACAUAUUCACAGCAUUGGAUUAUGGUGGCCAAGCAGUUGAUGAUGAAAUAAAAAUGGUUUAUAAACCUG